CUACCAGCAGUGAAGAAACAAGAAUGGCUGCACCAGGAGGCAGAAAGAAUGCAGAAGAACAGAUGCAAGGAAACAUGGAAGACUGGGAUAAUGGAACCACUGUGACUGAGUUUGUACUCAUGGGCUUUCCCAGACAGCUCCACAUGCGCAUUGCAAUGUUUGUCCUCUUCUUAGCCAUGUAUACAGUCACCAUAGUUGGGAACGGUCUCGUUGUAUUAUUGAUUGUGGUGGAUUCUCAUCUCCACACACCCAUGUAUUUCUUCCUUUGCAACCUCUCCUUUAUCGAUGUCUGCUAUGUCUCUACCUAUGUCCCACAGGUUCUGGCAGAUAGCUUCAAAGACAAAGCUGUUAUACCUUGGGGUAGGUGUUCUGCACAAAUGAGUGUCGGCCUUUUUCUGGGAGUGUCUGAAUAUCUCUUACUAGCUGUCAUGGCUUAUGACCGCUUUGUGGCCAUAUGCAGCCCAUUGCACUAUAAUGUAAUCAUGAGCCAGAAGCUGUGCAUCAUACUGGCACUCGGCCUGUGGUGCGGCUCUUUCUUCUUGACCAUUGUAUCCUUUUAUAGCAUGCUGGCACAGUUGUGUGGCCACAACACGGUAAAUCAUUUUACAUGUGAGCUCCAAGCAGUGUUGAAAUUCGCUUGCUCUGACACUAAAGCCAGUGGACUUAACAUGCUGAUAACGAGCGUCUUCACUCUUCUGUUCCCCUUUGCCUUCAUCCUGCUGACCUAUGGGCGCAUUGGUCUGGCUGUCCUGCGCAUCCGCUCAGCUGAAGGCCGGGGCAAAGCUUUAUCCACCUGUGGCUCUCAUCUGGUUGUCGUGAGCAUCUUCUAUGGCACUGCCAUGGCCGCAUUCCUGAGGCCUCAGGCCAAGACUUUCACAGAUAGUGAAAAAAUAGUGUCUAUCUUUUAUGGGAUUGUGACCCCAAUGCUCAACCCCUUGAUCUACAGUCUGAGAAACAGAGAUGUGAAGGGAGCCUUUUGGCGGCUGAUCAGAAGGGAAACAGAGAAGUAA